CAGAUAGGCCCUUUAUUGGGACAUCUUGGAAAACCGGAGGGUGGAGGUUCCCAGCUGCUGGACAGACCAUGUAUCCCGAAUAGGUGCCCAGUUGAGCCUGGAGAGAUGGUACCAGCAUGGAUGUCCCAGGAGCUCGGCAGCUGAGGGGUGUGAGGAUCACAGUAUGAACGGAGAAGGGACCUCAGAAGAGAGAGUGUGUCCACCAAUCAAGCAGAAGAAGGCACUCCGGGCCAGCUGGAGUUUCUAAUUGUCAUACUCCUUCCACUUUGAUCUACUACCAACACUAAAUCAGAGGUGAGAAAUCAACUUUCUCUUUCACGAAGCAGAUCUGCUAUCACUCCAGCUGUGUGGGGAGCUCUAUCUUCACAGGGCAGGUGCACAUAUGAACUCUCAGUGAUUGUAACAGCAUGGACAAGACCAGCUCAAAAACCCAGCGUGGAGAAAGGAGGUGAAAAACAAGGAGACCCAAGCUGGAUGACCUCUUGGAAGGCUCACACAAAGAGGGUUUCUCUAAGGAUUUAAUGACAAAGAAUACACAAAGCAUCAAAGCACAAUGUUUGGCACAUAGAGAUGCCAGAAAAUGAUGCUGGAUUAGUCUGCAUGGAAAUCCCAAGUGCUAAAACAUCCACCAACACUGAUGCUAGUUAGUGCUUGUCACCAUGGCGAUGCUACUUCAUGCUAAGUGUUUUCAGCGUCUAGCAAUUACCAGUCCUGUGAGAGUCUUGUAUAAAGAGUAUAGAACAGCAACCCCUCAGAACUUUUCUAACUACGAGUCCAUAAAGCAGGACUUCAAAAUAGAGAUUCCAGAGUAUUUCAAUUUUGCAAAAGAUGUCCUGGACCAAUGGAGCAGUAUGGAAAAGGCUGGAGAGAGACUUUCCAACCCAGCCUUCUGGUGGAUAGAUGGAAAUGGAGGAGAAGUGAGGUGGAGUUUUGAAGAACUCGGAUCUUUAUCCAGGAAACUUGCCAACAUACUCACAGAAGCCUGUUCCUUGCAAAGGGGAGACAGAGUAAUGGUGCUUCUGCCCAAGAUCCCAGAGUGGUGGCUUGCAAAUGUGGCCUGUCUGCGAACAGGGACCGUUCUAAUCCCAGGAACCACUCAGCUGACCCAGAAAGACAUCCUCUACAGACUACAGUCUUCAAAAGCAAAGUGCAUUAUUACCGAUGAUGCUUUAGCCCCAGCAGUAGACAAUGUGGCAGCUAAAUGUGAAAAUCUCAGCUCCAAACUAAUUGUGUCUCAGCACUCCAGAGAAGGGUGGGGGAACCUCAAGGAGAUGAUGAAAUAUGCCAGCGACAACCAUACCUGCGUGAACACGAAGCACAAUGAGAUGAUGUCCAUUUACUUCACCAGUGGGACAACUGGGCCUCCUAAGAUGAUCGGACACACCCACAGCAGUUUUGGUUUAGGAUUAUCUGUCAAUGGAAGGUUCUGGCUGGAUUUGACAGACUCGGAUGUGAUGUGGAAUACUUCAGACACAGGCUGGGCAAAGUCUGCAUGGAGUAGUGUUUUUUCUCCAUGGAGCCAAGGAGCAUGUGUGUUUGCACACCAUUUGCCCCGUUUUGAGUCAGCUUCUAUCUUUCAAACCCUCUCUGAGUUCCCCAUCACCGUCUUCUGUUCUGUGCCAACUGCCUACCGAAUGCUUGUACAGAAUGAUACAACCAGCUAUAAGUUCAAAAGUCUGAAGCAUUGUGUGAGUGCUGGGGAACCGAUCAACCCUGAAGUGAUGGAACAAUGGAGAAGGAAGACAGGCCUAGACAUCUACGAAGGAUAUGGACAGACAGAAACGGUGCUGAUCUGUGGAAAUUUCAAAGGGAUGAAAAUUAAGCCUGGCUCAAUGGGAAAGCCUUCUCCUGCUUUUGAUGUGAAGAUUUUGGAUGAAAAUGGCACUAUUCUUCCUCCUGGACAAGAAGGGGAUAUUGGUAUUCAAGUUCUUCCUGAUCGACCAUUUGGCCUUUUUACUCAUUAUGUAGAUAAUCCUUCAAAAACAGCCUCAACUCUACGAGGGAAUUUCUACAUCACUGGGGACAGAGGAUAUAUGGAUAAAGAUGGCUAUUUCUGGUUUGUUGCAAGAUCAGACGAUGUUAUACUAUCCUCUGGCUACCGAAUUGGACCAUUUGAGGUAGAAAGUGCUCUACUAGAGCAUCCUUCCAUUGCAGAGUCAGCUGUUGUCAGCAGCCCAGACCCCAUCAGAGGAGAGGUAGUAAAGGCUUUUAUUGUUCUGAGGCCUGAUUACAAGUUACAUGAUCGAGAACAACUGAAAAAGGAGAUUCAGGAGCAUGUGAAAAAGACUACAGCGCCAUACAAAUACCCCAGAAAGGUAGAAUUUAUUGAAGAGCUGCCAAAGACUGUCAGUGGGAAGGUCAAAAGAAAUGAACUGAGGAAAAAAGAAUGGAAAACCAUUUAAACCUAUCCACUAAUCAUCCGCAUAUCUAUAAACAAACAAAGUGUCUACAAGUCUGCAGGAACCACCGGUUAUAUGGGCAGACUGCUUCUAAACUGGAUUUAAAGUAUUUUGAAGUAAUGACACCAGAGACUGAAUUCUGAAAUUAAACAUUCAAUCCUUAUGCUUUCGUGUAAAUGUUCCUGUAAUUUGGCAAAAUGAAUGUCAUCAGUUGCUGAGAUGUUUUAAAAUUUAUUUUAGGAGCAGUUUCUAAAGUAAAUCUCUGCCUUACUGGUUUUCAAAACUUAACUGAAUAAUUCUAAUAUGUUAAUAUACAAACCAGAACAAAUCUUCAAGCUUUGAAAAAACUAAGUGACUUGUUUUUAGAAAAUUGUCAUAAUUCUUAGAAUAUUUACCUGAAAUUUGAAUAAGGUUUUAUUAGUCCUAUUUUUAUUCAAGUAAUUUGAAAGUAGUUUGAAAUUUGCUUCAAGGUCUAUCUAUAAGAAACAGCUGUCACGCACUAUGGCUACUUAGUAAAUUUAACCUAAUAAAUGGUUUAUAAAAGUA